ACAUGUCUUACGGAUUUGGAAGAUCUCACUGUGUUGGAGACUGAGCUGCCAACGAUAUUCCGAAGUCCCGAAGACAUGGCAAAUGCAGACAUCACUGCUCGUCUGCCUGCCAAGCUCACGCAACUGACCCUACACGAUAUCUGGUACUCGGAUCCAAGGUACUGUCUGUACUCUUUGGCCCCAGGCUCUCGUCCCUGGAUCCAUGAGAGAUUGGAUGCCAGCACUGAACCUCUGACUGCAAUGCUACUCCGUCUGGCGUCGUCAUGUUUGGCCGGCCAACUGUCUGGUCUCCGAAAGGUGGCCGUGAAGACUCCCACUUACGAACACGACAGAGGCAGUACUUGUGACAAAAUUGUAGAAGCAUUUGCGAAGACUGGAGUUUUGUUCGAGCUGAUAUCCGCUCACUCAACAUUUCCAUGUCCAUUAACGCGGUAACAUCAGAGAAUGGCUGUCAAG